CUCUCUCUCUCUCUCUCUCUCUCUCUCUCUCUAGAGUCAAGAGCGACGGCCUUGGAUUUUGCGGGAGGAAGAAAGUUUGAGCUCUCUAGCUUCGUCAUUGUUCUCGGUAUUCGUAUUCUUUCCUCUGAAUCACCGUUCUCUGCUUCAUAAAAGAAAUCAGCGAUUCACAUUGUUCUGGGAGAUCCGAGAGCCAUGAAUGAGGUCGCCGCCACUUCGGCAUCGGUGAUGCGUGCUUCAACGUCUUCGCUGUCGUCUUCGUCAGUAUUUACUAAUUACCCCCUCAUUUCUGCUAUCGUUUCUUUCGCCAUUGCCCAAUCCACCAAAUUCUUCGCAUCAUGGUACAAGGAAAGGAGAUGGGAUCUUAAGCAACUUGUUGGUUCCGGUGGAAUGCCAUCAUCUCAUUCAGCAACUGUAACUGCUCUUGCUGCAGCUAUUGGGUUUCAGGAGGGUUUUGGAGGACCUCUGUUUGCUACUGCAUUGAUCUUAGCUUGUAUUGUGAUGUAUGAUGCUACUGGUGUAAGAUUACAAGCUGGACGCCAAGCAGAGGUUUUGAAUCAAAUUGUAUAUGAACUUCCUGCUGAACAUCCUCUAGCUGAAAGCAGACCACUUCGUGAACUUCUUGGGCAUACCCCUCCCCAGGUGGUUGCUGGUAUGUUGCUUGGAAUCCUUACAGCAGCUAUUGGACAUCUAAUAACCAUCAUCAGUUAAACCAUGGCGAUGCUUACGGUGCAAUUUCUGUUCAUACCAUCGUACAAAAUUGAAACUACUAUUCUGUGAUCUUCACCUCACCCCUGAAAAAUAGCAUCCACGGCUUUAUGCUGCUAGUUCUCGUGCUCAAGCUGCUUUUCUGGGUUCUCAUGUACUUGGCCUUUCUCAUUUCAAAAAGUAGAAUUAGAAAAUAUAUCUGAUUGCAUUGUUUGAUGUAAUGGAACUAUCUGUUUCAUCAAUCUACAAUCUCAUUCUAUACCUCACUUGACCGUGACAUUAACUCACCAAAUAUUUACUAGUAGUAUUAGCAGUAUAGUAUGAAAAUUUGGGUCAACUCUCUCAGCUGAACUGAUAAUCUUUUAAAUUAAUAUCUUGAUCAAUUCAUUAUCCUUUGAAUCAA